AUGUCCUCGCUACCUGGAGAAGAUGAUCAUGAGCUCCACACCCACGGCAUGUGCGUGGUACGCCUGAACCGAGAUUCAGAGGAAACCUCCCUGAUAAUCAAAGCUUGCUACAGUCACUUGAUGGAAAACCUCGACCGAAUGCUCGCCCUUCCACGGCCCAUGACUGCCGUCCCGCAGCAUCGACACUUCAUGCCCUUCUCGACCACGAUUGGGUUCAAAGGGCCGCACUCACCACCUGAGCACCGACGAGAUUUCUUGCUCCCAAUCUUUGGCACACCAGUGGAAGCAAUGAUACGGACGGUUUUGGGGAACGUCCCUUGCGGCGCCGGUGCGAUGCUGCAAGACUGUGUUGGCCACGAUGCGGAGCUCCGUGAGGUCACGGCCAUCGUGAGUGACCCGGGGUGCACUGCUCAGGACCUCCAUGGGGACAAUGAAUGGGGAGAGAACCAGCCCCUGGUGGCUACCAUGUUCGUUGCGCUGCACGACAUCGUAGACGAGGCCAUGGGGCCAACACACUUCUGCAUCAACACGCAUCACCCUCGCUGCUUCCCUGGAGGGCAUUGGGUGGCCCCAAGCAGCAGAGAAGGGAGGGCCUUGGUCGCGGGUGGCUCAAAGCCAGCUACCUGGUUUCCUUUAAAUGCUGGAGAUGCGACGCUGAUGCACUCAACUUGCUGGCAUAAGGGUGGGGCGAAUCAGAGUGAUCAAAGGCGGACGAUUCUUGCGCUGUCGUUUGUUGAGCCACGAGCAGCUGUCACGACAGAUGGCCCGGCAAAGUUGCAGCUUCGAGAUUUUCGAUGA